UCCGUGAGGUCGAGGCCAUUUGCAGUCAGUCGUCGGCGAGAGUCACUUCUCUAGGUCACUAACACUACAUCCAAUCAUCACCAUGAGGAAUACGGUUUGCGUGUUGAUCGCGGCAGCGGCGCUCAUCAGCUGUUCAGCCCUCGGCUCGCCCUUGGAGAAGGUCAAGGACGAGAACGAGCUGCAGCCCUCCACCGAGGAAACCCUCCUGCGCAAACUCAGCGCCAAGUGCAGCCAACGCGACACGGCGUCCUGCGUCAUGCUCAAGCUGGUCUCCUACAUGAACAGGCUACUAAAGAAGAACGACUUCGAGCUGACAGAGUCGCUAGUGAUCACACAGACGUCGCCGGUGGUGGACGCGGCUCAGACGCCCUUGGCGAGGGCCUUCAAGGGUGACUCGGCCAGUGACGACGACCUUGCCGGACAGCUGGUCGCCGAGAAGCUGUGGGCCUACGUGCAGUCGCGCAGCCUCCGCUGGAGUGUCCUCCCCGAAGCUGAUGUCGUCCUCUCUGCCGAGCCCGACCAACAGGGAUCCCUCAACCUUGGCGUCUCACUUCGCGCCGGACGAUCACUUGAGACCGGACGUGGAAAAAUGAAGAACCUUGGACCCCUGGUGGCCGCCGGUAUGAUGAAGAUCGGAAUGGUGGGAGUGUUGGCUUUCAAGGCGCUGGCUCUGUUGGUUGGAACCCUUCUGGUGAGCAAGUUGGCGUUCCUGUUGGCAGCCGUCAUCGGCCUCAAGAAGCUGUUCAGCCAGCAGAAGCACGUGACCUACGAGGUGGUGACUCACCCGCACCACUCGCACAGCCACGCUCCCGAGAUCCAUUCGUCCGGCCAUGACUCGUACAGCUCCGGAUGGGGCCGCAGUCUCCCUCUGCCCCUCGCCGCCGCCGCCCCCAUCAACGCCCCCAGCGACGCUCACCAGAUGGCCUACAGUGCGCAGGCGCCCAAACAAUGAACAUAUUGACACCAAUAUAACCUCAUGACUUUAGUGGCUCCAUCGCUGAGCCACGCUUGAUACCAAAUACAACGGAUAAUCUAUCUCUAAGAAAGCUGUCAGGCUUGAUGUGCCAGUGCGUGAUGCCGCGUGCGAAUAGCAUGUUCGUAUCUGUGAUGCAUCAAACUCAAGAAAUUAGCUUGAGGUAUAUCAUAGCAUUAUUAUUCUGACUAUGCAAGGCUGGAAUACUGUACUGUCUAUAAAACUAUACGGUAACUAGCAUUUAUUGGAGUGCAGACUUUCAAUUCAGAACAGAUCAAAUUUAUUUAUCUUCUCUAUGUUUAGAGACCGUACAGUAACCCAUUCCUCAAAUCUUACUAGACUGCAUUCUUCUGCAUAAAUCCUGCAGUUGAAACCCUAUACUUAUUAUUAUUGUUAAUUGCUGCAAGUUAUGCAGCUUUCCCCCACCUUCUCAAUCCUUAAACGGAUUGUUAUGAUAACGUUUUAUGUUAUUUUUGUAUGUCUUUUGUUAGACCAUGUGUAUAUUAAUUGAUAACUGUAGCAAUCAAAUUUUCUAUUUAUUUUUGUUAAUUUAUUCUUAUUUAUUCCGCAUUAAAACCUCAGGGUAUCUGAAUAGAUAAGUAUGUAUAUUUGUAGUACAAAGUAUGACUAUCUUUCAGAUAUUAUUUAAUGUAAAUAAAAAUACAUUUUCAAAUA